UCCUGCUACGGCGUGUGUGUGUUGCGGGUCUGCAAAGUGUGUUUUCUACCGUUCGAGCGAGUUCAAGCAUGAAGCGAGGAAAGAAGGCAGAGGAGGCGACAGCAGAAGGCGACAAUGAAGCUCCGUCUGAAAGUACCCCAAAGAAAGCAAAGAAAACUAAAGAACCAGAAACCCCCAUACUGUAUGAAGACCCUCCGGAUAAAAUGACCAGUAAAGACGACCGGGAGGCCAACAUGAAGAUCACCUCCUGGAACGUGGAUGGACUGAGAGCUUGGGUGAAGAAGAACGGUCUGGAUUGGGUACGGGAAGAGGAUCCAGACGUUCUGUGCCUGCAGGAGACCAAGUGUUCCGAAAAAGAUCUGCCGGCUGACAUCACGUCCAUGCCCGAGUACCCUCACAAGUACUGGUGCGUGUCGGACGACAAGGGGGGCUACAGCGGCGUGGCCAUGCUGUGCAAAACGGAGCCCACCAAAGUGACGUAUGGCAUCGGUAAGGAGGAACACGACAAGGAAGGCCGGGUCAUCACAGCCGAGUUCCCCACUUUCUACCUGGUGACGGCCUACGUGCCCAACUCCGGUCGAGGCCUGGUGCGCUUAGACUACCGGAAGACCUGGGACGAGGACUUCCGCAACUACUUAAGCGAGCUGGACAUGCAGAAGCCGCUGGUGCUAUGCGGCGACCUCAACGUGGCCCACCAGGAGAUCGACUUGAAGAACCCGAAGGGGAACAAGAAAAACGCAGGCUUUACCCCAGAGGAGCGCGAAGGCUUCGGCCAACUGCUGGAAGCCGGUUUCGUCGACAGCUUCCGCGAGCUCUAUCCCGAGCAGGCCAACGCGUACACCUUCUGGACCUACAUGAUGAAUUCCAGGUCAAAGAAUGUGGGCUGGAGGCUCGAUUAUUUUGUGCUGUCGUCCUCGUUGGCGCCCGCUUUGUGCGACAGCAAGAUCCGCAACAAAGCUAUGGGGAGUGACCACUGCCCAAUUACACUGCAUAUCGUUGUGUAGCUCACAAAUGCUCUUCUGGCUGUUUGUCAGCCAAAUAAAACUCCAAGCUUAAAAAAUA